CCAGCCGACACUUACAGAAAGAACCUACGUUGAAAUAUUGGGGCUAGUCCUGCUGAUGAGCAAAGAAGGUGUUGAUGGUGUUUUGAUCAACAAGAAAUGUUAUGAAACGGCCUCCCACCUCUGGUGUUCCUAGUACUGACCUCAUCUCUCCCUUCCCCUCCACCGCUCCCCACAGCUUAGCACCCCUUUCAUUCCCAUACACAUGUACAACAUUUUUAUUUUGGGGACCAUUAACCCACAGCCCUUAUUGCUGCCAAAACCACAUGGGCUGGAGGGCCAGGGCUGGAUGGACAGUCACACCACUGCACACCAGCCUGGUGAUGGAGCAAGACUCUGUCUCAAAAAAAAAGAAUGCAUAAAAGACCUUUGACAGUCCCUGCUACUUGUGACCCUCCUGACUCUGUCAUCUGUCCAAUGAUUUUGAUUUUGCAACAUGGAAAGUUCCAAGCCUUGAUUCCUGAGCCCAGAUACCAUUCGCACUCUGGGGUCAUUCAAGCAUAGGGAGCUCCUCAGAGGGUGAUCAACUGACCUCCCUUACCUAGCUCUUCCUCUGGAGGUUUGCCCUGGAGUUGAGCCAGCCCUUGAGGAGGCCUUCACUCCCACUGCCUCUCUCCCUUCUGGAUAUGAGCUCAGGCCUGGCUGGGCUCCAGGAGAAUCUUUCCACAAGGCAAGAGAUAACACAAAGUCAAGGUGAAGAUCAGGGUAGCCCUUUAAAAGGCCUCCUUGUGCCCUAGAGUUGCCACAGCCCUUCUACUCCACCGCUGUCUAUCUUGCCUGCCGGCACCCAGCCACCAUGUGGGAGCUCGUGGCUCUCUUGCUGCUUACCCUAGCUUAUUUGUUUUGGCCCAAAAGAAGGUGCCCUGGUGCCAAGUACCCCAAGAGCCUCCUGUCCCUGCCCCUGGUGGGCAGCCUGCCAUUCCUCCCCAGACAUGGCCAUAUGCAUAACAACUUCUUCAAGCUGCAGAAAAAAUAUGGCCCCAUCUAUUCUGUUCGUAUGGGCACCAAGACUACAGUGAUUGUCGGCCACCACCAGCUGGCCAAGGAGGUGCUUAUUAAGAAGGGCAAGGACUUCUCUGGGCGGCCUCAAAUGGCAACUCUAGACAUCACGUCCAACAACCGUAAGGGUAUCGCCUUCGCUGACUCUGGCGCACAAUGGCAGCUGCAUCGAAGGCUGGCGAUGGCCACCUUUGCCCUGUUCAAGGAUGGCGAUCAGAAGCUGGAGAAGAUCAUUUGUCAGGAAAUCAGUACAUUGUGUGAUAUGUUGGCCACCCACAACGGACAGCCCAUAGACAUCUCCUUUCCCGUCUUCGUGGCGGUAACCAAUGUCAUCUCCUUGAUCUGCUUCAAUACCUCUUACAAGAAUGGGGACCCUGAGUUGAAUAUCAUACAGAAUUACAAUGAAGGCAUCAUAGACAACCUGAGCAAGGACAGCCUAGUGGACCUAAUCCCCUGGUUGAAGAUUUUCCCCAACAAAACCCUGGAAAACUUAAAGAGCCAUGUUAAAAUACGAAAUGAUCUGCUGAAUAAAAUACUUGAAAAUUACAAGGAGAAAUUCCGGAGUGACUCUGUCACCAACAUGAUGGACACACUGAUGCAAGCCAAGAUGAACUCAGAUAAUGGCAAUGCUGGCCCAGAUCAAGACUCAGAGCUGCUUUCAGAUAACCACAUUCUCACCACCAUAGGGGACAUCUUUGGGGCUGGCGUGGAGACCACCACCUCUGUGGUUAAAUGGACCGUGGCCUUCCUGCUGCACAAUCCUCAGGUGAAGAAGAAGCUCUACGAGGAGAUUGACCAGAAUGUGGGUUUCAGCCGCACACCAACUAUCAGUGACCGUAACCGUCUCCUCCUGCUGGAGGCCACCAUCCGAGAGGUGCUUCGCAUCAGGCCCGUGGCCCCUAUGCUCAUCCCCCACAAGGCCAACAUUGACUCCAGCAUCGGUGAGUUUGCUGUGGACAAGGGCACACAUGUUAUCAUCAAUCUGUGGGCACUGCAUCACAAUGAGAAGGAAUGGCACCAGCCGGAUCAGUUCAUGCCUGAGCGUUUCUUGAAUCCAGCGGGGACCCAGCUCAUCUCACCGUCAGUAAGCUAUUUGCCCUUCGGAGCAGGACCUCGCUCCUGUAUAGGUGAGAUCCUGGCCCGCCAGGAGCUCUUCCUCAUCAUGGCCUGGCUGCUGCAGAGGUUCGACCUGGAGGUGCCAGAUGAUGGGCAGCUGCCCUCCCUGGAAGGCAUCCCCAAGGUGGUCUUUCUGAUCGACUCUUUCAAAGUGAAGAUCAAGGUGCGCCAGGCCUGGAGGGAAGCCCAGGCUGACGGUAGCACCUAAAGGCUGCAACUCACAGUCCCUGUCCACCCUAUGUGGCCCCACAACACAGAUUUAGAGAUGCAACCCCCCACCCUUCUCCGCCAUUCUUCCCUGCUCCCAGCCCACUCCACCUUCUUUUUCAGCCUGUGGCAAUGCCAGUGAUGUGCAUAAACAGUUUUUUUUUUUCCAUAAGGUGCCUGAGUAGUUCAUUGAUGUAUUCAUUUGCUCACUCAUUCUUUCAAUACAGAUUUUAUUGAGCACCUACUAUGUGCCAUUCACU